UGCCAGUAUAAAAUUCUUAUUUUCAAUACUUGUACAUUAAAAAAGCAUUUAAGUUUUUCUAGGCUUGCAUGGAAAAUCCUGAAAUAAAUGAAAGGAAUACAAAAUGGUCAAUAUGCGAAUUAAUCGUUGCAGAUUGGUGGUAGUGUUAUUAAUUCUGUUCCUGGACUUCCUGGUCCAACUUGCGUGGGCGCAGGGCACAUGGAAUGACUUCUUUGACCAGAAGACCAACUCUCUAGACGACGUUCGACACAUACAGCGGCUAGGUGAACUGAUGCAAAGUUUCCUCACACGGGCAGAUGUACGGUGGAAAGAACUAAUACCAAUACAUACAAGAUUAAUCGAAACAAGCCGAGAUCAGCCGAGAGCGUUCGAGAAGGGUUAUAUAAUGGGGGACAUUGUUGAGUGUUACAGGAAAGCGGUCGUAUUCACUCACAAGCAGCUGGUUAGUAGCCGGUACGUAGAGUCGGAGAGGAUCCGGUACAUGACGUUUGUCCAACACGCGUACAUCAAGAUGUACCAUCUGACGCAUAUGAUGCAUGAGGUCGACCCCAAAUUUAAGGCUGACAACACAGGUCAAAUCAGCUUAGACUACUUGAACAGAAUGUUCCAGUCCAGGUCGCCGUCACACUACAACACAUCUGGCUUCGAAUACACUAACGAGUUGAAUGCGAUAAGAGAAGCCCGAGUAAAGGAGAGAAGAAAGAAGGUUAUUCAGGAGAAGAAAAUACGACAGUGGGAGGUAGACACUUUGAACAAGGUUCAUCCGGGGACUAUUAAGACUACGACUAACUGGUGGCCUAUCGCCUACGGUUGGGACAUUGACUAUUAUUGGUAACCCGUUACUGGUAACCCGUUACUGGUAACGUCUUCGUUGACUUCUAAAGUCUGUGUAUUCCUAACCGCAUUUCUAAUAAAAUUUCUGCAGUGUUUUCGGAUUUUUACUACGACACACAGUGGCCUCAGGCCUGUGACUGUGGCCUAUAGAUUUUACUAGUAACCCAUUACUGACAUA